AUUGACUGUUCCACAUUUGAUCAAUAUUGAUAAGGCAGGUAAGCCAAUAAAAAUGCCUGCCAUGCCAAGGAAAGCUUUGAACAGAGUCAUUCUUCUUAAAAUAAAGCUUUCAACUCUUUAAGCUGUUUAUUUCAAUAAGCAAAAAUAUGGCACAAGUUAUCCUCUUCAACGUUACAGAUCGGAUUCUUGGGCUACAGGGUUCUGCAUGUGUCCAAGAGGUUGGAUUGCUGUGGGGUGUGAAAAGAGAGCUUGAAAAACUUGGCAAAACUGUUUCAGCCAUCAAAGCUGUGCUUCUUGAUGCCGAGAAGAAGCAGAACCAUAAUCAUCAAAUCAAAGUUUGGCUUCAGAGGCUUCAACAAGUGGUUCUUGAUGCUGAUGACUUCCUGGAUCGCUUAUCUUAUGAAGGUCUCAGACAGAGUCUGAUGCCCGGAAACAACAUGGUCAAGCAGGUACGCACUUUCUUCUCCUCCUCCAACCAACUUGCUUUUUGGAUCAAAUAUGGUCACAAAAUAAGGCAACUAAGAAAGAAAUUAGCUGCAAUUGCUACUGAUAGGAUUGAGUUGAAUUUGGAAGAGCAUUAUGGAGAGGCUAGAGUUUUGACUAGAUUGAGAGACCAUACUCACUCUUUUGUAUCCGAGAAAGAAGUGAUAGGUAGAGAUGAUGAUAAGAUGGCCAUUUUACAAAUUUUGUUGGAUACCAAUACCAAGGAGAAUUUGUCCGUCAUUCCCAUUGUUGGUAUUGGAGGAUUAGGAAAAACCACUCUUGCCCAGAUGGUUUUCAAUGAUGAACAAGUCCAAAAACAUUUUGAUCUUAGAUUGUGGGUUUAUGUGUCUGAAGAUUUUGACGUUAAAUUACUUGUUCAAAAAAUCAUUAAAUCUUCAAAUACGACAGUUGGAUCAAAUACGAAGAUGGAACAGUUGCAAAAAAUCAUGCGUGAAAGAUUAUAUGGUAAACGGUAUCUUUUUGUACUUGACAAUGUUUCGAAUGAGAUUAAUGAGAAAUGGCACAACUUGAAAAGCUUACUAUUAAACGAUGUAGAAGGAAGUAAAAUAAUAGUAACCACUCGGAGAAAAGUUGUUGCAAGGAUUACAGGCACAAUGGCACCAUAUGACUUAAAAAUCAUGGAUAAAGAAAAAUCUUGGACUCUAUUUAAAAAAAUAGCCCUGCAGCAAGGACAAGAGUCAAACAUCAGCUCCAAUAUCUUGGAAAUUGGAAUGGAUAUUGUAGAGAAGUGUGGUGGAAUUCCUCUUGCAAUAAAAGCAAUAGGAGGUGUGUUGCGUUUCAAAAAUCCAGAGACGGAAUGGUCCUCAUUUAAUGAAAAAGAGCUUUUGAAAAUAUCUCAAACAGAAGAUGAUAUUCUACCAACACUUAAAUUGAGUUAUGAUCAUCUCACAUCAAAUUUGAAACAUUGUUUUGCAUAUUGUUCUUUAUUUCCUAAAGAUUAUGUGAUUGAUGUUCAAAUGUUAGUAAGUCAUUGGAUGGCACAAGAUUUUAUUAAGGUAUCAGAUCCAAGUGAAUGUUUGGAAGACGUGGGUUAUGAGUAUUUUAUUGAAUUACUUAGGAGGUGCUUCUUCGAAGAAGUUGAAACAGGUGAUGAGGGCAAGAUAACAAAAUGCAAAAUGCAUGAUUUAAUGCAUGAUCUUGCAAAAUUGGUAACGCAGACAGAAAAUGAUAUGCUAAAUGAAUCUAGAAAGACAGUUGACAGUAAAACACGUCAUGUGUCAUUUUAUGCAUUCAAUGUGACUUUAUUACAAGAAAUUCUACCUUCAUUGAUUCAAGCUAAAAAGAUGAGGACGAUUGUUAGGCCUGUAAGGCAGCAGCUGGUGCAUGAAGAAUGUGAUAAGGCAACAUGUCAUGCAAUUGCUUCAAAUUUGAAGUUGUUACGCACAUUGGAUUUGCACUUUUUAUGGAUGAAUGAAGUGCCUAAUUCUAUUGGUAAGUUGAAGCAUUUAAGAUAUCUUGAUCUUUCUGAAAAUACUUUUGAGACACUAUCCAAUUGUAUCACUGAAUUGCACUAUUUACAAACACUGAAGCUCAACCGUUGCUUUUCUCUUCGAGUAUUGCCUAAAGACAUCAGUAAACUAAUCAACCUCCGGAGUCUUGAGCUUGAUGGGUGUGAUAGUUUGAUUUAUAUGCCACAUGGAUUAGGUGAGUUAACUAGCCUUUGUAUACUAUCAAAGUUUACAUUGAGCAAGGAUAUUAGUUUUUCCACCGAGCAUCAGAGUGAUGCUUCGCUGGAUGAAUUAAUGAGACUGAACAAUUUGAGAGGGAAGUUGAGUAUUGAAAACUUGGGAGGUGGGAAAGAUGCUAUCCUACAAUCCAAGCUUGCACAUCUUAAACAGAAGCAACAUCUUCGAUCCUUAGACUUAUGUUGGUACUUUUGGGGUUAUAUUGCUGAUGAAACAGAGGAAGAAGCAGAGGCAGAGGAUCACAAAAUGCAACUGGAAGGCCUCCAACCACAUCCAAAUCUCAAACAUUUGACUUUGAGUCACUAUCAUGGUUUCAGGUUUCCAAGUUGGUUUCACUUGCAUACAAAUAUGGUAACAUUGUGCUUGCGGUCGUGUGCAAAAUGCAAGUAUCUACCACCAGUUCAUCAAUUUCCUUAUCUUAAGGAGUUGAUACUGGCACGGUUGUAUGCUCUUGAGUAUGUGUCGAACAACGAUUUGUCUUCCUCAUCGCCUUCAAUAUUCUUUCCUUCCCUAGAGAAACUGGUGUUGGAUGACUUGUGUAAUUUAGAGGGAUGGUGGAGGAGGGAUAUUAUUGAUGAUAAUUCAUCACCUGCUAGUGGAACAGAUCACAUGUUGCCCAUAUUUCCUAAUUGUCUCUCUCAAUUAAUUAUCAAGGAUUGCCCAAGCUUGACAUGCAUGCCACUAUUUCCAUAUGUAAGCCAACUUGUAGAGUUGAAUGGUGCCAGUUGGAUACCAUUCCGACAGACAAUCCUCAGCAGUAGCCAACUAUCAUCAUCAUCAACAUCAUCUUCUUCUCCCAACUCUCCAUUCUCCAAAUUGACUACUCUGCGCAUUCAUAAGAUUGAUGAUCUACAAUUUCUCCCACAUAAGCUGAAAAGCCUCACUUCUCUCAAGGAGCUGGAAAUCAACAACUGCCCACAGUUGAAAUCUCUAUAUCCAGGGAUUCAACAUCUCAUCUCACUUCAACAUUUAGAGAUUGAAAACUGCAUGGAGCUCGACAUGAUCAUCAAUGAUGAGGAUGCCGUUACUAUGUGGCAACCCCUCAAGGGCCUCCUCUCACUGAGAUUUGAUGGGCUUCCAAAACUAGUGGAUCUCCCAAGGGGCUUCCAACACCUUACCAGCCUGCAGACGCUGCAAAUUGUUGGUUGUGAUAAUUUAGUAUCUCUUCCGGCAUGGAUUGGAACCUUCAUAUCGCUUCAACAACUUUAUCUAUCAAGCUGCCAAAGUUUGGCAUCAUUGCCUGAAGAAAUAUCAAGUCUCACCUCUUUAAAAACCUUGGAGAUUUGGAAAUGUGACACCUUAUUACCAAGAUGCCAAAUGGAGAAGGGCGAGGAUUGGCCAAAGAUUGCUCACAUCCUAGACUUGCGAAUCAUUUAUGACAAUUCAUAAAACUUCUACAUGUUCAGGUUAAUUAGGUCAAUGAAAUUGGAUGUGGAUGAUUUGCAGAAUGAUAUAUACAAAGGUCAAUAUGUCCAAGUCGUGGAAUCUACUGUGGAACAGAACAUAGGAGAGCUCAAGCUUUGGUAAUCAAAAUAGUGGGAAAUGGGAAUCUCACAGUGAUAAGAGGAAGUUAUUUACAGAAGAGCAUAUUAUAUGGGCAAAAUGUAUGACACUGCGAGGAAAAGAAGUGGAAUAACUCGAAACACAUUGGAAUCCUCUGUCCUGUCCUUUUUACAUUUGUGUUAAAAUGGAACAAAAAUGUGAAAAAUAUAUUAUUCAAUUGUGUAUUGUGAAUUUUUGAAUUGUGUGUUAGUCAAUGGUCCUAUGAAAAAAUUCAAUUUUUAGCGCAAAGCUUUUCUUCUGUUUCUUUUAAUUUUACAUUUCUUGUUAACAAUGAAAUGGUUCAUAAGCUUGCUAAACAAGCCUUGAUUUUUGGGAGCCUGUUGCCUAGGUUGAGGAGGGUCUGCUUGGCUCUCCUCUCUCCGCCAAGAUGGUGUAUCUGCUUUUGUUUUUUUCUUAAUAAAAAUUUCCCUUUCCUUUA